GUUGACAUUUCUUGUAGAGGCGAUGCGCGUGUGACGUUCGCUGACUCUGCGGCCGCACGAUCGGUCGCCUCUCCGCCGUUGUCGAUAAUAAUACGGCCGACCUUGUUAUGAACUAAUCGCGAGAAACAUGUCAAUUAAUCUGACGAAAAACAAAGAUGCCUUAGUGGCCGCCUGGCACAGCGUGAUCGACGAUAAGUUGUCUACUAACUGGGCUGUGUUCGGAUAUGAAGGACAGACAAAUAACUUAAAAGUAAUUGGAACAGGAGAUGGAGGACUGGAAGAGAUGAUCGAUCGAUUGAGCAGUAGUUACAUUAUGUAUGCAUUCUGCAAAGUUAUCGACACUAAAACCAGUCUACCAAAGUGUUUGCUCAUUAAUUGGCAAGGAGAAGGUGCUCCAAUUGUUAGGAAAGGAACAUGCGCAAAUCAUAUCAGAGAUGUAGAGAAAUUAUUGAAAGGCGCGCAUAUAACAAUUACAGCGCGUUCUGAAGAUGAUGUGGAGGUAGACGCGAUAAUGGAAAAACUCGCACGUGCGACAGCUUCUGCGUACAAAUUUAAUGAGCCUCGUGGCGAUAAUGAAGGACAUACAGGUCCUAUUGGAACAACAUAUCGCAGAGUGAUCCCUGAACAGGAGAUAAAUGCAACGGAAAGAGACCAGUUUUGGCAAAAGGAAGAGAUGGAGGAGAAAAAGAGACUGGAGCAAGAACGAGUUCGUUGUGAACAGGAGCGACAGAGGCUAGAACGGGAAAUUAGGACUCGGGAGGAGAAGGAGACGCAACUGAGAGAACAGCAGGUAACCGCCAAGGAAAACACAAUUGCACGACAAAAACUGGCGGAGCAACGUGCUGAGGAGGCGAACAAUUUACGUAAUCAAUUGGCCACGAGCCAGAACUACAGCAACGACGUGGAGGACGAUCAUAAAUUACGAAGCGAAGAGCUCCGAAGGCAGAGGAGCAAGGAGACGCAACAGUUGAUCGCCCAGAGGACGAUAAACGCCAGAGCUGUGUUCGAACAGAACUCGGCGGCCGGUCAGAUGAAGACGACGUCGGUCCAACAGCAAUUUCUGCCCAAGAAUAAUCACGUUGAGUCCGUGAGAAAAGCACUGGAGGAUGCUCAGAUAAAGGAACAACAGUCUUCAGACGCGAAGUCUCGCGAGGAAACGCUGACCGAAGUGAAGAAACCUGCGAGCGUAGAGACAGUAAUGACUUCUUCAUCAGUGCCUCUGUCGCAAAACGUUACUAGCCAAGAGACAAAAGCGACUAAUUCACAAGCGGAACCUACCCAGACCGCCGAGACCAAGGAGGAAGUCACCGAGAAUGAGUUGUAUAGUACGUUGGACGGGCCAUAUUUAUACUUUGAUCCGAAUAACGAGGGUAUGAAGGCCAGAGCGUUGUACGAUUAUCAAGCCGCGGACGACACAGAGAUUACCUUCGAUCCGGGCGACAUAAUCACGCACAUAGACGCCAUCGACGAGGGCUGGUGGCAAGGGCUCGGUCCCGAUGGCACUUACGGACUCUUUCCCGCUAAUUACGUCGAAGUUAUCGACUAUCAUAACACGACAUGAUAAGCGUAUUGUUCGAAGGGGAGAUUUGAUUGAGAUCGUUGUUUUCCUGUUUUCUCUGCCCACAUAAAACUGCUUGCAUGUAAAAACCGUUAAACGACGCAUUUCCGACGGCGAGUGCCGCUACGUUUCUAGGUAUAAACCACGCUGAACUACACGCGACGUACACCAGUAAUCCCGAACGAUUAGAUAAUGUUUUCCGCAACGCGCCGAACAUCUCGACCGGCUAGGUGUUUUCGGAGACACGCUUAGAGUCUCUGGCGCGCGCGUGCGGUUAAAAUGCACGUCCCUAUAACGUCUCGCGCCUUCCACUGUCUAAUCCUCGAGAAGUAUAUACAGGGUGUCUCGCGUAAGACGUACGAAAAGAAAAAUAUAAGUAGAACACAUAAAAAUGAACAAAAAUUGUAUAAGUCAUUUUUCAAACAACCACAUAAAAUUUCGAGAU